AUGAAUUUCUUCGAAAGGGCUAAAGUGGUGCGCCUGAGGAGCCACCAUGACAAAUACUUAUUGGCAGAUGAUGACGAAGGAGUUUACCAAGACCGUAACGGGUGCUACAACAAUGCUAAAUGGACCGUGGAGAUUGUUGAGGAUUCAAACUCGAUAAGAUUGAAGAGUUGUUAUGGAAAAUACUUAACAGCCUCCAAUAUGCCAUUCAUGUUAGGUGCCACGGGUAAAAAAGUAUUGCAAACACUUCCCACAAGAUUAGAUUCAUCUUUGCAAUGGGAACCCAUAAGAGAAGGUACGCAUGUAAGAUUCAAGACACGUUAUGGACAAUACUUGCGUGCCAAUGGAGGCCUACCACCAUGGAGAAACUCCAUAACACAUGAUAUCCCACAUAGGACAAAAACAACAAAUUGGAUUCUGUGGGAUGUGGACCUUGUAGAACUUCGGCCACAACCACCCAAACCUGAACAAAAGCCCGCGCCUAUUACCAUGCCCAGUUCUCAGAAUUCUACCCCAUUGGAUUGUUCUCCUCCUCAUUCUCCUACACUUUCAGAUAAUGACUCCAUUGCCGUAAUUGAUCUCAGAUCUCCCAGACAUAUCGAGUGCGGAGAUUUAGAUGAGACCGAUUCACCGGUGAAAGAAGGAAGGAUUAUAUUUUAUAAUGUGGGUGAUGAAAAUGGGGAUGUUCAUGAUGAAAAUGAAGAAAAAUUCUUUACAUUCAAAGGAAGUUGUGUGGAGGAGUUGAAGCAAAAGUUAAAGGAAGAGACAAGGCAAGAUGAUAUUCUCGUAUGUUGCCGCAACCCAUUGAACGCGAAACUUUAUCCCCUUCGUUUACAAUUACCUCCCAACAAUACUGAUAUGCACGUUGUCGUGGUUCCUUCCUCAUUCCAAGGUUGUGGAAGCUAG